GCGCAUGCGCGGGGGCAGUGCCCCGGGGCGUUGUUGGGAAACAUUUGCCGACGGCUGCGGCGGGGACCAGCGGACAUGGCGGUGGUGGCGGCAGCAGUGCUGGCGCGGCUCGCGGCAGCCUUUCUGCUUCUCGCGGCCCAGGUGGCCUGCGAGUAUGGCAUGGUGCACGUGAUCUCUGAGGCUGGGGGCCCCAAAGGCAAAGACUACUGCAUCCUCUACAACCCGCAGUGGGCGCACCUGCCGCACGAUCUCGGCAAGGCGUCUCUCCUGCAGCUGCGCAACUGGACGGCCUCCUUGCUCUGCUCUCCCGCCGACCUCCCCGCCCACGGCUUCAGCAACCAGAUCCCGCUGGUGGCUCGUGGCAACUGUACCUUCUACGAGAAAGUGAGGCUGGCGCAGGGCAGCGGAGCGCGCGGGCUGCUGGUCGUCAGCAAGGAGAAGCUGGUGCCCCCGGGGGGCAACAAGACGCAGUAUGACGAGAUUGGCAUUCCUGUGGCCCUGCUCAGCUACAAAGACAUGCUGGACAUCUUCAGGCGUUUCGGCCGUGCGGUGCGGGUGGCACUGUACGCCCCCAACGAGCCGGUGCUGGACUACAACAUGGUGGUCAUCUUCAUCAUGGCCGUGGGCACCGUCGCCAUUGGGGGCCACUGGGCUGGGAGCCGGGACGUGAAGAAAAGGUACAUGAAGCACAAGCGGGACGACGGGCUGGACAAGCAGGAGGACGAGGCGGUGGACGUGACGCCGGUCAUGACCUGCGUGUUCGUGGUCAUGUGCUGCUCCAUGCUGGUGCUGCUCUACUACUUCUACGACCACCUGGUCUAUGUCGUGAUCGGGAUCUUCUGCCUGGCGUCCGCCACGGGCCUGUACAGCUGCCUGGCACCCUUCGUGCGGAGGCUGCCGUUCUGCAAGUGCAGGGUGCCCGACAACAGCCUGCCCUACUUCCAUAAGCGCCCUCAGGCCCGCAUGCUGCUCCUGGCGCUCUUCUGCGUGGCCGUCAGCGUGGUGUGGGGCAUCUUCCGCAACGAGGACCAGUGGGCCUGGAUUCUGCAGGACGCCCUGGGCAUCGCCUUCUGCCUCUACAUGCUGAAGACCAUCCGCCUCCCCACGUUCAAGGCCUGCACGCUGCUGCUACUGGUGCUCUUCCUCUAUGACAUCUUCUUCGUGUUUAUCACGCCCUUCCUGACCAAGAGCGGGAACAGCAUCAUGGUGGAGGUGGCCACUGGGCCCUCGGACUCGGCCACGCACGAGAAGCUGCCCAUGGUCCUGAAGGUGCCCAGGCUGAACUCCUCGCCUCUGGCCCUGUGUGACCGGCCCUUCUCCCUGCUGGGCUUUGGAGACAUUUUGGUGCCAGGGCUGCUCGUGGCCUACUGCCACAGGUUCGACAUCCAGGUGCAGUCCUCCCGGGUGUACUUCGUGGCCUGCACUAUCGCCUACGGCAUCGGCCUCCUGGUGACGUUCAUGGCCCUGGCCCUCAUGCAGCGUGGCCAGCCCGCCCUGCUCUACCUGGUGCCCUGCACACUGGUGACAAGCUUCGCCGUGGCGCUGUGGCGCCGGGAGCUGGGCGUGUUCUGGACGGGCAGCGGCUUUGCGAAAGACCUACCUCAGCCUCCCUGGGCCCCAGCCCCUGCCGACAGCCCGCAGCCUCCCAAGGACUCGGACGCGCCCCUGUCCCCAUCCCCGCAGCCUCCUGGAGAAGAACCGGCCAAGUCUCCCCCACCGGCCAUCGAGCAGCCCCGGGAACCGGCCUCGUCCGAGGAGACGGGGGCCACAGCCCCCGCCCAGGAGCCCGGGAGCCCGGCCGGCAGCACCCCUGAACCCGCGGGCCGGGACCUGGCCCUGCCUGACCCAGAGGCCCGGCCCCGCGCCUUGGCCUAGGGGAGAGGGAGCAGGACUCGCCCACUGCGCCCGCAGGACGAGGACAGGCGCGAGAUGCCCGCGGACUGCACCCGCUCGGCCGCCC